CGGAAUUUUUAAAGGCCUGAAGCCCACAGUUUUGAGAUUCAAACGCAUGUCAAACAAAAUUCCUGCGAACCAGAUUGCUGAGGCUGUCUGCUCUAUGGAUCUAUCUCAUUUGUCUUACGCUGACUUCACCGCUAUCGGACUUAACCGUAUUUCCACAAAGAUGGCUGAAUGUCUUCAAUCUUCCCGCGUACUUAUCCUGAAUCAAAAUGAUUUUUCUAACAUUACCAGUCUCAGUUCUCUUGGACAUGUUAAAAAUCUGAAACGAAUCGACGUGACUGGUUCCCAUAUCACAGGAGCUGCUACUCUCGGCUUCAUUCGGGAAAUCCAACUUAAAGACAUUGAUAUCAGUGACAACAAUCUUCCUACAACAGAAGUGAAAAAGAUCAUCUGUGAUCUCGACCCAAGAUUUAUAGAAACGAUAGAUGCCAGUGGUAACCAAAUUGGUUACAUUGGUGACGAUUUCUUUAGUUGUUUGGCCAAGAGUAAGGUUAAAGAACUAAUUCUUAGAGGAGGCAAUAUUACUGGUGUGUCUAAACUCGCCUUGGGUAAUUUUCUUGGUGCCCUAAACCUUAAUUUCGCAGAUAACUUGAUUCCAAUUGAGGAUUUGUCGUUUGUAACUGCAGCAAUACAUGUGAGGUCACUCGAUCUGAGCCAUAAUAAACUAACAAAGUUUCCAGACUUUAAGUUGAAUGAUUCAUGUCUUAACAUCAAACAUCUGGUAGAGCUUCACCUUCUUGGAAACGACAUUAGUAGAGUAGAAGAGGAAGAGGCGAGAUGCCUGUACAGGUUAGAGGUUUUGAUCCUGAAGCGCAACAAGAUCGUUGUCUUGCCAGAUAGAGCCUUUAGGAAUUUGACUCGCCUCAGGCAACUGUCUUUAGGUACCAAUAAACUGGAAAGACUCGGGCAGAACUCGCUGCCGAAUCAGCUAAGAGAACUAGAUCUUGUAGAGAAUGAUCUCCAAUACUUUGGGCUAUCGCCGAUCGCGGGUUUAAACAAACUUUAUAAAUUCGGCACAACUGGAGCAGAUUUCAUCAACUGGCGUGGACUGUUUAUCAACAAGACCGAACUUCAAAGUCUUCAUAUUGGAUCCGGCAGAAUCACGAUGAACCACCUGAAUGAUAUACUGCGUAACGUGACAUCUUUGAAGUCUCUCCGUCUUGAGAAAAUGGAUAUACGAGAGAUACCCCACGAAAUACUUCAUCUUAAACAUCUUAAAUCAUUGACACUGGUGAGCAACAAAAUUGAAAUGAUUCCUCAGCAUUUCAUACCGAAGCUUGAUGGCCUGAAGACGGUUAAUCUGGCGUUUAAUCCGUUUGCUUGCAACUGCAGUCUCAUGCCGUUUUCGAAUUGGCUCAGAAAUGCAAGCCGGCUGGCAACAGUGACAAAUCUUGACGUUACCCUCUGCUUCUCGCCCGCAUCCUACAAAAACACUCCGCUAUUCAACUUCGAGAAGGAUUGUCGUAAUCUACUCCCUAUCAUUUUACCAUCUGUUCUCAUCCCACUUGUUCUGUUGAUUCUUGUCGUAACAGCAGUCUCUGUGCAGUAUCGAGGCUACAUACGAUAUGCCUGCAUGCUGGUUCGAGCGAGAUGGCGGGGCUAUGACGCACUCAAUGAAGGUCGAAGUUUCAAGUACGACACGUUUGUCUCUUACAACAGGGAGGAUGCUGCAUGGGUGUUGCGAGUGCUGCGCCCGAAAUUGGAGGACGAAGUUGGCUAUCAGAUCUGUCUCCACGACAGGGAUUUCACGGUGGGCGAGGAUAUCUUGGACAACAUCAUCAUGUCAAUUGAUGAAAGUAGAAAAACUAUCCUCGUCCUCAGUGACAACUUUGCCAAGUCUCAAUGGUGUCAGCUGGAGAUGAGUCUGGCGCAACACAAAUUGUUCGAAGACAACCGUGACGUGCUUAUCUUGAUUAGAUUGGGGGAGGUUGCUGAGGAGAAUAUGACAAGGACCAUGCGCAUGCUCAUGCGCACGAAGACGUACAUCACGUGGCCGCAAAACGAGGAAGGAAUCGAUCUGUUCUGGAGGAAUCUCAUUUUCGCGUUGAGACGUCCACCAGGGGUCCUGAUGGAAGAGCCCGAGUGGCCAAUAGGGGGCGCGAAUGCCCGAAACGCAGAGUAUGUGAAUUAGUUUUAGAGAUAUCUGGUAGGUUGUACAUUACCUAUUGCACGAACUCCAACUUGCAUCGGCGUUAAAGCUCUUCAAGUACCCAAGAAAAAGGAGAAUUGGAAAUAUUGCUCUGUCUCGAUGGCCCAGUGGUUAUAUUAAGGCGUCCGCCUCGUGAACAGAAGGUCGAUUCGAGGCCCGCUGGUAACCUCCUUCCGAUAUGGCCGGUUGGUUAGCCGCCAACUAGUUAAAUAUAGGUUACAAACUGCCUUCUCACCAGGCGCCUGGCAUUAGAGAUAGGAGUUUAGAAGUAAAGAGUGUAUCAUAAGCCAAAAGCUGGCUGGCACUUUCAUAUAUAUAUUCAUAUAUAUUCAUAAGGUGACACUAUAAUAAAAAGAAAUUUACGUUUUUUACUGCCUCUCGCAAAGGUGUUGCCAUGAUGAAGUUUGGGGCUACAUGCCACGCAUCCCCUUUUUGGGGUGAAUUGUUAAAAUUGGUCAUUUAUCAUUGGAAACGACUCCCUAUCAGGGGAUUCUGGUUUAGCCUCCUAUACAUGUAUACAUUAUAUAGAACUAAUAACUAGAUAUAACUAUCCUGGACUACAACUCAAAAUAUUUGUCAAAUUGAUAACUGGAUAUUAGGCAAUAAAGUGACAAAAGAGACACAAAAGCAGCGAUUUUCUAAUAGUGUGAGCUUCGUAUUGUGCAUUAACGUGAUGGUUUUCGC